UUUGUCUUGUCAAAACCAAAUCAGCAAAAUGCAAAGAUUGUUUUUGUUUUCUCUUAUUAUAGCAGCGAUAGUGCAUCAAGGACUGGCGUUAACUUGUUAUGAUUGUAUCAACUGCAACUCAGUUGAUUCUUCUAACGAAAGCAACUGCACCGAUAUUACAGGGCAGACAACAAUGUGCAUCAAAUCCGAAGGAACUAUAGCGGGCAUCACUACAACAUCCCGGGGUUGUGGAUACGCAACGUCAGAAACAUGCAGUUCAUCCUCCUUUUUCGGGAUUUCUGGAACCGUUUGCUACUGUGCCACAGAUCUCUGUAACGGGGCUGGAGUCGUUAGAAUCAGCGUCAUAAUGGGAACUCUCAUUGCUGUGAUCUCGGCAAAAUUACUGAUGUAGACCUGAAGAAAUAGUUUGAUGAAUUCAAUUUUUAUUAGUUAUGAAAUUAUUGUGAGAAGUGUGUAGAGUAUAUCUUUCUGUAUACUAUUAGACAAAUUUUUUUUUGAGCAUUGUGCAGCCUGCGUCCCGCAGGGGGGGGGGGGGGUUACUUCUGAUAGAAAUGACUCGAACCCGAAAUGUGUGUUCCCAACGU